CUAGGAGAUCACGAAAAGGAGAGUGUUUGUCAGCGCCUACAUUGUCCCCAAUGAUUGAGGCGGUGAACUUUGACCGGAACAGUGGUCUGUCUGCGAACAAAGAAACCUCCAUCUGUGCAGCGCGGCGGCUUUGUGCGCACCCCGUGCCUUUCACCAUGGCAAAACAUGGCAAGACAAUGAGGCAUUCACCGUGAGCGGACACCAUGGCUCGUGACUGUGCGGAGGUGAAUGCUACACAUGUGGUGCUCAUCUGACUCCCAUCAACAACCUCUUCUCUUCUCCUACUCACAUAUUCGAUCGCAUCAUGACAAAAUCACCAGUACCCGCGAACUCCAUGGAGACUGCUCUGUUGGCUUCGCACGCGCUGAUAGCUGCACCAACAAAGCUUCGAGAACGACCGCAAACCCCGCCACCGACCUGCGACUCGUUUUCGUCUUGCGCGACAGAGAUAUCACCGCGAGCCCCAGUCACGCCAACAUCACGUCGACCAUUGACACCGACAACACCAUGCGCGCCGCGGAAAUGGUCGUUCUUCGAGCCCUCGACGCCACAGAAGCGUACGCGCAGAACACCCUCAACUGCAGACAGCUCGCCUGGCACACCAUCCAGGCCCCGUCGCAAUCGCAGGAAGACAGUCAUGCCCCUGGACAAAACAAUCUGCAUCCCCAUGUGCAUCCUCAGAGCGCAGAAAGACGACACAAGCGCGCUGCUGAGACCUGCACCGAGGCCGAGCGAUCAGGUGAGGAGGCUGGUGGACUUGAGUGUUGGGAAGACAAUUGAGAAGCUGCGCGCGCCUGGAGCGACUGGCAUUUUGGAUGCGGCUGUUCAGACGCCAUGGAGCCAACGCGGAGGAGCAACGACUGGCUCACCGACAAAGCCGGCACGUAGAGUGAAGAAGACUUAGGCGGCGGACUUGAUGCGCAAGUGAGGGCGCUGCGAGAUUAGCAUAGAAUAUAACAUAAUCUCAAGCAGUAUCAAGCGAUGCUACGUCUUGAUAAGUGUGAUCAGCCAC